AUGAAGGUUUCUAUCUCUGCUUUCAUUGCACUGAGUUGCAUUUAUUGGAAAGUCUCUGGAACACUGGUGGAGGUGGUGGUUAAGCCUGGAGAUAAUGCAACUCUACACUGUGACUGUGAGGUUGUCAUAGGACAGGACUUUCAUUGGGUCAAGAGCUGCUCUUCACAAAUCCAACCACCUUUGAUCAUCUCUGCAUACAAGAGCCUAUUACAACCCAUUCCGCGAUACACUCUGUUCUAUAACGAUACUUCAGAAUCCUACGACUUAGCGAUCGAGAACAUCACUGAAGCAGAUCUUGGUCUUUACUAUUGCUCAAGGGUAGAGGCCAGGAAGGUUAAAAAGAAUGGAAUAAUCUUUGAGGAAGAUGUGUACUACACUGGUGAUACUCUCAUAAAUCUCACAUACGUUGUCCCCUCAGAAAGCCCCUCUGGACCAGGACGUGACUGCUGGCAGUGCUGGCUGAUACUGCUAACAGCAUAUCCCACAUUUAAUAUACUCUCCGCGAUUUUGGCUUUUGUUUGUGGCUACAAAUGUUGCCACAACUCGGCGCUGAAGGAGUCUGAAGGUCAUCAAAACGGUUCUGAGAUGCAAAGACAGUUGAGCCAAGAACAGGAAGUCGAUACAGAAGUUUGCUAUGCAUCACUGAACAUCCCCAAACGAGGAAGCAAACGGACAAAGAGCAACCUAUUGCAAUGCUCUGACUUCAGUGUGUACAAUGGUAUAAAAAUACACACUUAGGUAAAAGAUAAUGUGCUGUCAGCUGCUCAUAUACCAAAGUUAAUUACCAAAGUUAGCUUUUUAUUACUAAAAUAAUGGUAUUGAUAAAAACUUUUUAUUAUUAUUACAACAUAAAUAAUAAUAAUAAUAAUAAUUUCUAAAUGUUAUUAUUAUUAUUAUUGUUGUUUUACAAUAUAAACUGGGGUGAAAUUAAAAAACAACAACAACAUUUGUGUACAGUACAGUAAUUAUACAUUUUGUUUAUCCAUAAUACAUAAUCUGAAGACUGGCAUCAAAUGUAAUCUCAAACACACUGCUAACUUCAGUCCCAGAGUGUUCCUAUUACAUCUGCUUUUUAAUUUUCAGCAGUGUUAUUUUAAAGCAGUACUUCAUUUAUACACUAGUGUUUCGUUUUGCAAUCAUCCAAAGAUUAUUCAUUUUUUAUAUAUUUGUUUUUAGACCAAUAUUAACAAUAGUUUUAAAGUUAAGAUGGACCUCCAGUUAUUUCACAAUUAUGAAAUAUUAAGUGGUAGAAUGAGUACUGGUUAAACAAAUAAAUUAAUUUUCAUAAGAGCAGUUUAAAUUCCUCCCAUGACAAUAGCUAUACCACAUUAGGCAGUGUUUGUUUAUUCAAGCAAACAAGUUCACCAGCACCAGCAUUACUCAGAAAAAAAAAAAAAAAAAAAAAAAAAGAUUCUUCUGUACAUUACACAGAAAGGGAAGUGGAAAAUAUUUGACAUCUUUGUUUUGCAAAUGGAACAGUUGUGACAUUCAGUUUACAUUUCACUGACCCCAUUUCAGCUGCUGACUUCCUUCGUCUUACUCUACAUCUUAUCUUACAGCUUCCGGUGUUACUGAUCAAGCAAACUAAAAAAUAGCAUUGCCUGAAUGCACUGGAAGUGGCUUUGGAUGAAAGCAUCUGAAAAUGCAUGAAUGUGAAAUGUAAAUGUUUCCAUUAAAGUUCGAUAUUAACAUACCAUAAAUAUAAAGACCCAAUCAUGUUAUUAAUAUUAAUCACAUUAGUGAGAUGAUAAAGGUAGAUAGUGACCAAAUAAAGAUAAUCUGUAUGAGCUAAACCAGAAUUGUUUUAGAACUCUUUUGUUAUGUUUAUUGCUCAACAAUAUGCUUAAACUGCAUUCUGAAUCAGAACUAGGAACUGACAAUGCUGUGACAUAAACUAUUAUACAUUAUCAAAAUCAUCUAUUUAAUGGGUUUAAAAUGUAUUUUUAUUUUUUUUUAUCUGUGAGUGUCCCUUUAAAUGACCAUCAUUCAAACUGUGUAAAUAAUAUUGGAAAGCUCUGCACUCGUAUGAUAGUUUUUGAGAUCUCCAGUGUUGCCAUUUCUAAACAUAUUAAUUUUGUUACUACCUAAUAAUAUUUUUAUG